CCGAGCGCGCGGCCGGGGGUGGGGCCUGCUCGCCUCUUUCGCGGGGAGACUUCUUCCUCCAGACGGACGCGUAGACUGCUCGCCCGGCUCCAGCGCCCGCUUCGCAGGUCCUUGGCUUCCCCUCACCCCGAGUCCCUUUCUGCCCCUCUUACGUGAGCGGGGCCGGCGUCUCCGGGCCGGGAUCGAGGUGGCUGGGGCGUGGGUGGAGGUGGCGCGCAGGCUGCCUUGCCCGUCUGUCGGGGGCCCCAGGUCGGAGGGGCUCGCGGACUAGGCCUUGGGCAGGGGCAGGGGAGGAGGCGGCCUGCGGAGGUCGGAUUUAGGGCUUUGUGCCCGCGGGAAGUGCAGGGGCACCUAUGGGGCCGAGAUCCGGAGCCACCUGUCCACAAAUCCCUUUCUCCCAGUGCCCUGCGUUGUGUCCAGCUGUCCCCAAAUCUAGCCUUUACCGGCCUCUGGCGAUCAGAAUUUAUUUUGGAGACGUUAGAUUUUUGUGUUAACAAUCAUUUUACUAUUGUCGUGCAACAGUUGUGCAAAUCUGGUCAAAUUACGCCGUUGUUAUCACGUGCUCCUAAGGCCCUUUCCAGUUCCUAACAUUUUCCGGCGCGAUGAAUCUGGCAGCGCGUGGGAGAGAUACUGACUCUCACGGAACUAAAACGCUUUUUACCCCUUCAAAUUGAAUUUUGUUUACCUUUGUUUUUGUUUUUUACAGCAAUUAUGUACUAUCGGGGGGGAAAAAUCGCUGAAAAAGCUAUAGCAAUCUCAUCGUCAAGAGAGAGUCACUAUUAACAAUUUGGGAUACAUAAACAGAUAUUCGUGUUACAUAAAUGGGGUGCUAAUGUGAUCUACUGUUUAAUACAUGAAGGACUGUUUCUAUAUCAAUGCAUAAACAUCUUUCCACUGCCUUCUCAACUUGCACUGAUUUGGACCCAAAGCCUGUAAAGCAAGAAUUUUCUUCUCCCUGAACCUUGACCAAGUGGCCAACCUUAGCAAAGAAACUCCUAAAAGAUUUAAUAAAAUAUCACUGCAGUGGCCAAGAUGUUGGAUAGAAAUAAGCUGAAUUCAGGGUAACAGUCAUUUUCUAUGAAGUAUUGUUUGCUCGCUUAAUAAUUUGAGGCAAUGUGUUUUUUUAAAUGGCAGUUUUCAAACCAUUAGUGAAUUGUGAGAUUAAUGUAGUGGGUCAUAACCACUGGUUUCAUAAGCCGAAAUAAGAUAACAUAGAAAAUACCAGAAUGCAUUACCUGUAAUGAAGAUAUUGUUUUGUGAAACUUAUAAAGUGUGCAUGUGUGUGUGGUGUGUGCAUGUGUGUCUACAUAUGCUGGGUUGUGAUAUAAAAUGUACUGCUUCCCGUGUGCCAUGCUAAUCAAAUUUGAAAGUCACAGUCACUAAGGUACUGUCAGCGCUCAUCUCAGAAAGGGAGGGAAAAAAAAAAAAAGAAUGGGAGCGAUGAUGCAAUUAAGUUUAACAAUAGUUCUACUUUUUUCUUUGGAACAUGUGACAGUGUUUAUUGUAGCGAAUUAGAUCUUAAUUAUUUGUUUUCACCUAAUAUUAAAACAAUCAAUUAGCAUUCCUGAAAAUACAGAGAGAAAGCCUUUUAAAGAAGUUCAGAGGUUAAGAGCAUAAACUGCUCAGAUUGACCUAGGGUCAAAUCCCAGCUACGCUGGUUAUUUGUGUGUGAUCUGGAACAAGAUAGUGCUUCUCUCCUGAUUUGUAAAGUGGGAGUUACCGGAACACCAGCUAUAUAAGGCUGUUUGAUAUUCAGAUGAGAUAAUGCAUGUGAAACUGUUGAUUUAGUGCCUGCACAGAUUAAGUACUCACUACAGGUUAGCUAUUUAGACUGAACGGAGGUAUCCAGGAUAAUUCUUGUCGCCAGAGGUAAACCCAUAGAAGGUGGAUAAUCCAAAAGAGGGGGAAAUUGAAAAUCGGUUAAUAAUGUUAUAAGGAAAGGGACACUGAAUUAAGAUGGUCUUUUUAUAUGAUUUAGCCAUUGUUUUGUGACUGCUCCCCAAUUGUUUUUCUAUUGCUAGAAAAGUAAUUUAGAUUAUCUUAUUCAGUAGACCAAAUGCCCUUCUAUUGUCUUUACUUAUUUAUUAUUGAACUGAUGUCUCUAUUGUCAAGCAACUGAAAAAUAUUUGCCACAGGGAUUCUGGGUUUUGUUAGCUCUUAUUCAGUACCACUGUCAGCUUGAGAAACUCACACACUUAUAAUUCAAGGCACUUCAAAAAUGUGUUUGUUUAUCUCUGCAGUAGGUAAAGAUCUCAGGUAUGCAAGAAAUAAUACUAAAAAAAAAAGCACUUUAUUUCUAUUUUGUGACACUUCUGCUGAAGUUAUCUCAGGCAUUUCAAAGAUCUCUCUUCACUGCCCCAGAUUGGUUUUGCAGUUUUAAAUGUUACAUAAACCAAUGAAAUAAGAGUGUAAGCAUUGUCAUUUUUCAUAGCACUUUAUUUUUAUGAAAAAUAAAUCAAAUGCUUUGGCCUCAAAAAAAGGCUGUUGCAAAAGCACUUAAUUGGGUAUCACAACUGUAAAAGGUUGGGGGAAAUCUUAAACAUUAAUUGUAAUACUUCUCUCAGUUUUGAAAAUGUCUUUAAGUUCUUAUUCUGUUUUAGAGGAACCAAAAUGGAAAUGUUACCGAACCGAACUUGGGUCUGCUCGCCCGCUGCACAGCAAAGCCAAUCUACUGACACCGGGUUGUGGUGAAGGAAAGUACAGCGUUUAUUUGCAGGGUGCCAAGCAAGGAAAACAGGCAGCUCGUGUUCAAAAGACCCGAACUCCCCGAUGGCUUUCAGGGAAGGGUUUUUUAAGGCCAACAUUUGGGGCAAGGGUUGCAGCUCGUGGACUUUCUUCUGAUUGGUUGGUGGUGAGGUAACAGGGUGAUUUUUCGGGAUUCUUAAUCAUUAACCUUCUGGUUCCAACCAGUCUGGGGUCUGCCUUCCUGUUAGCAUGUAGUCACCAUCCUCCACUGGGUGGGGGGGUCUUAGUUUCUGCAGAAAAACUCAAAGAUAUGCUUCAGAUUGUUAUGUAUAUCCCUUGAAGAGGAACUAGUACUCUGUUUUACUGCUGAAAUAUUGUUUAAGCUAUCAUUACUUUUCUUGCCUAACUGCUUUUCCUUUGUUUCUGCAUUCCCUCACUUCCCUAAUUUGUAACUGUUUGAGUCUGCUUUUUGGAACCAGGGAAGGCCUAGGAGACUAAAGCCUUUUUCUACAAACAAGAAAUGGGGGACAUGGAGGGGCUUUUGUAACUGGGAGGGCCCCACAGGGUCCUGCUUGGUCUCAGUCUCCCCUUUUCUUUGAUACUUCUCAAUCCUAAAGGGAGCAGGGGUGGGACAAGAAAGGGAGUAAAGUUUUGGAUAGAGAGGUUAAUCAUAAACUCGUCAGGGGAACUUGGUCUUAGGGGGACUUGGUUUCAGAAACUCCUUGAGGGUAAAUCAUGAUGUGUUUAUGAAAAUAUGAAAAAAUAAGACUUGGAAGUCUAGCUGUCCUAUCCACAAAAAGCCCUCAAUGAAACAAAAAAGUCUAUCUUGACCUUAAAUCAAACAUGUAUUCAUUUGUAUGUUUUAAGUUAGAUAAAAUAUUAAGGUUAUGUGUGUAUGUAUUUUAAAAAUCAUCUUAUUGACCAAUUUUUAAAAAGUUAACUCACCAACUACUGGGUCUUAUCAGAUAAGAGGGCUUUUAUCUUACACUGAUAAAAUGAAAUAGUAUGCAAUAGUAUGCAAUCUUUAAACAUACUGUUUUGAAUUAUAUAUAAUCUCAUAUAGAGGUGCUCAUCAUAUAUGGUUAAAUGAGAGAGGAGACUAUAGAAUAGAAUGGGUAGUACCAUUCCAUUUUUUGUAAAAACAUGUUUAGAACAAAGAAGAAUAUAUGGCAAAUGUAAAUGGUGGGUAGUGGAAUUACGGCUGAUUUUAUGCUCUUUAUUUCUUAAUUUUUAUAAUUGUACUAUCAUUUUGUUUUACUUUCAUAAUAAAAAUUAAUAAAUUAAUAAAUAUCAUAAAAUUAAUAAAAGUCAUUUCUUAAAGAAAAAAUUAAUGUGUGUUUUCCUAAUUUAUAAGUAUAAAUGAGACUAAGUCUUUGCUCUAAGGGAUACUGACUCUUUGAACUUGGAUGUUUUGGGUAUUAACUAAUUCUCCAAUAUUCUAGGAAAUAGUGCUGAAUAGUUUAACAGUUAUAUUCCUUAUCCUAUGAAAAGCAUCUUUGAGUAGGAAAGAACUGUUGUUCCAGAAUUUUCUUAAAGCCCUCCUUGAGUACACUGCUUUCCAAAAAAUUUAUACACUGCCUGAAGAUAUGGUCUAAAUCUUUAGUCUGCUUUUAAAUCCUAUCAUGUCAAAACUCAGUCUACUUUUCUUGCUUUAUUGCCCCUUAAAUUCUUAAAUGAAAACUUAGCUCCAGAUGAAUUUGUCAACUCACUAUCUCCAAAAGUAUCUUGCGCUUUCUUGCUUUUAUACUUUGCUUCUUUGUUACUUGGAAUAGCUUUUCCUGACAGUUGUGUAAACAAAUUCUACCCAGUUUCCAAUGUCCAGUUAAAAAAAACAUAUCCACCGUGACAUCCCUGGUUCCUCCAGCUAAAACUGAAUUUUGCAGCUAAACCUAUUUGCACUUAUUAUUUGUGCCUAGGCAUUUCUCAGAUACCACCUGAUAUUUUUGCAUUUAUUUCCCAAUUCCAUCUAAACUUCUUGAGAGCAAGAAAGCUUGUAUUAUAUUUCUGUCUAUCCCUUGACGCUCCUAGCAUAGAACCCUGCACAGGGUAGGUGCUAAAUGUUUAUUCCUUGAUCGUAUGGUGGUGUCAAGUGUUGAGUUCAAGUGCUGGAAUUUCUUGUUAACCAGUGAUCCUCGGUAGGGGGGUUAACACUUUGCCCACGACAAUGUGGACGAAUAAAAAAAGGAUAAUUUGGCUUAAUUGUCAAUUGAUAUAGAUAGGUGAUAAGGAAUUGACAGUAGUUUUUAUUAAAACUAACACAAAAGCUAAGAGUUGUGUAGUUAGUUCAGGACUCAAACUUAAGUUUCACAUAAAUAUUUCUUUGAAAAGUCUCUCAUGAAGCUCAUUUUGGGUUUGAUGGCCUCUGUUCUUAACCCUCCCAGAGGCACAGGUGUGCCUCGCGUUCUUACAGCUACUGUUCCCAGAACCCAGAGAUCUGAAGUAUUUGACGGUGGGUUAUAUGCACCCUCAGAGUUACUCUGUUCCAGAACAUCUUAAGAGGUCAUGUGGGAUUCAGUGCGUCAUAGUAUGUAAAGUGCUUUGUGUUCAAAAGUUAGUAGUUUUUCUCCUAUUACUGGAAACAUAAUCGUGUCAGUCUUCAAACUUAAAUUGUGACGAGGGUAUUUAUUUAAUUUGGUUAAUGGUAGACACUCAUAGGGCUUAUCAUUUUUUGUUAAACAGUUUUAUUUUAAUUUAUAGAUGUUUGCCAGGACUAAAUAUAGCUGAUGAAAUAUCUGACCUUUUCUGCUCAAGAAGCUGGUUUAAUUGAUUUAUUUUCCCUAUAAGUGAGAAGUCAGAAACUAUCAAAGUUUCUCAUAAUAAAAAGUAAUGGUUUGAGUGUUCAAGGACAAUAGCCAUCUGACUUUGGUUAUUCAAUAUGCAGAACAGACCAGGAUAUUGCAGCUAUUGCUGUGUGCACUAUAAUAACCUGGAACAGCAUAUAUCCAGUGAUCAACACAGAUACUUGACCACACAGAGUAGACAAUUGAUGGCUACCACUAGUUUGAUGGAUCGUUUCUUGCAGGAUGUUCUGAGGCACCACCCAUAUCAUUAUCAAGAAAGCAGAUCAAUGCAAAAUGAGAGACUUCAUAUGACUACUGUGUCACCUUCUGGAGUGGUUCCGAAUGACGAUUUUGUUCCUGAAAUAAUGACUGAGGAUGCUACUGGAGUCAGACAAGAGAUGUCUUCCAAGGCUUCUGAACCUGUUGAAGAGCUGUAUUCUAAACCUAGUAAAUCUCAGGAAUAUAUACAGAGUGUUUCAAUUCGGCCAUCAGUUAUUCAAAAACUGGAGAAAGGACAGCAGCAGCCCUUGGAGUUCAUUCAUAAAAUUGGGAGCCAUAUGAAAGAAUUUAACCCAGUUGGUAUUGGUCAUGCUACAAAUAGUAGACAAAACGUAAUAUAUUCAUCAGUGGUUUCUAAUGCUUCUGUUAGUUGUUUACCUGAAAGUUCUCAUGAAAGACCAGUUACAACUAAUGCUACUACUGGGUUACCACUAGGAUCCCAUUUGGAUUCAGUUAACAAAUGUGACCCAGACAAAGUUGACAAAUACUUUAAACAGCUAGACAGGGGCUCUAAAAACCCUAUGCUAUCAUCCCAUCCAGAAACUUCUUCAAUAACUUAUCAGAAACCUAAAGAAUCAAACAGGAAAUCUUUAUGUAUAAAUUCAGAUAAAUUGGUUAUACAGGAAGAUGUAAAAUCUCAGGGUAAAACUUUGUCAACUGGCUCUAAAGUCCGUGAAUUUGUGGGUGCUGAAGGCUUCUUAAAAUUGGAAUCUCUUUCCAGAUUUACAGUAAACCCAACAGUCAACCUGAAUAAAACUGACAUGCCUUCUAAUAAAGGAAUCUUUGAAGAUGGCAUUCCAAAGCAUCAUGAGAAAUUCUUUCCUAAUAUGGAUCAUACCCAAGAAGGAAAGCAUUUGGUCUUUAACAAGUCAGCCUUCUUGGAACAGAAGAUCUCAGUGAGUUCUGAAAUGAAGUUUGCUGGUGGCUAUCUUCAGUCAGCAUCUGAUCACCAUGAAGAGGCUGUGCCAGACCUUUGGAAGGAGGAACAAAUUGACCAAGAAGAUAAGAACUGUGAAUCAAGAGGUUCUGAAAUGAGUUCUGAUGGCAGUUCCUCUUCUUAUUCACUGACGGACCAAUCUAAAGUGACUGCCAAAGAAAUAAACCUCUUAAAGGAAGUACAUGCUGACUUGCAGUAUAAGAACAAUAAAUCUUGUGUUUCUGAAAUAAGCUCUGAUUAUGAUGGCUCCCUUCAGUUGACUUCCAACCAAACUCAAGUAAUUGUUAAAGAUGUAAGUGUUCAGAAGGCAAUGCAUAUUAGGCUGGUUGAUGAAAGCUAUGAAUCUAGUGAUUCUGAGAUGAAGUUUGAUUGUGAUGCCUCACUUCAGUCAACUGAUAACUACCCCCAACAGCCUGAAAAAGAAGUAAACCUUUCCAAGGGGGCACACGUUGGCUUGGUUGAUAUGAACUAUGGAUCUGGUAGCUCUGAAAUAAGUGCUGAUUCUGUUUUCUCACGUCAGUCAGUGGUUGACCAAUUCCCAGUGGCUGUCACAGAAACAAAACUCUGGAAGAAGGUUCACAUUAGCUUGGUUGAUAAGAACUAUGGAUCGAGUUGUUCUGAAACAAGUUUCGAUUGUGAUGUUUCUCUUCAGUCAGUAGUUGACCAUCCUCAACUGGCUGUCAGAGAAAGAAACCUGGAGGAUAGGCUUGUCUAUCUGAAAGAUAAGAAUCGUAAGCCUAGUAGUGCUAAAGCACAUCUUGAUUGUGAUGUCUCUCUUCAGACCAUGACUGAUGAACCUCAGAGGGCUGUUGAAGAAAUCUAUCUUCUGAAAGAGAAGAAUGACAUUGUGGAUAUGAACUGUGGGUCUCAUGGUCCUGAGAUGAAUUUUCAUCUGAUGAAAACAGAUGCUAAGUUAGUGCCUGACCAAUCCCAAGUGGCAGUUAAAGAAGUAAACGCUCAGGAAGUAGCUCUUGACCUGGAGAAUAAGAGUGUUAAAUCUAGCAUUUCUGAUCUAAGUUUUGAUUCUCAUGCUUCUCUUUAUCGAUCAGCUAAUGAUCAACCUCAGGGGGAUUGUGGUGAAAUAAAUCUGAAAGCGUUAAAUGUUGAUAUGGAAAUUAAGAGCUAUGGGUGCUCCAGUUCUGAGUUGAGUUUUGAUUCCGAUCCUCCUCUUAUGUCAGUUACUGAGUAUACUGAGCUGGAUGUUGAAGAAAUAAGAAAGAAGCACAUUAACCUGGAAGAUGAGAGCUUUGAGUCAAUUAGCUCCAAAAUAACUUUUGAUUCUGAUAUUCCUCUUCACUCAGUAGUUGACCAAUCUCAAGUAGCCAUUUAUGAGGAGGAGUCUAUUGAUCUGGGAAAUAAGAGUAAUGAAUCUUGUGUUUCUGAAAUAACUUUUGAUUCUGAUAUACCUCUUCAUUCAGGGAUUUAUCAACCUGAAGUAGCUGCUAAAGAAACAUUCAUUCAGAAAGAAGAGUAUAUACACUUAGGAGGGAAGGAUGAUGAACCCACCGAUUCUGAAAUAAGUUUGGAUUCUUAUAUCCCUUUUCACUCAGUGGUUAACCAUCCAGAAGAAGCUGUUAAAAAGCUAAAUCCUCAAAAAGAAGAGUGGGCACCCUUAGAAAAUAAGGAAAAUGAACCUUGUGGUUCUGAAUUAAGUUUUGAUUAUGAUGUUUUUCGUUCAGUGACUGGAUGUUCUGAAGAUCCCAUUAAAGAAAGAAACCUUCUGAAAGAGGAGAUUAUACACUUAGAAAGUAAGGGUAAUGUACCUGUUGUUUCUGAAAGCAGUAUGAAGUCUGAUAUUUCUUUUCAUUUAGUGACUGAUCAUCCUGGCAUAGCUAUUAAAGAAGUAAACCAAAAAGAAGAAUAUGUAAAUUUAGCAGAUAAAGGUAAUGAGUUAAGUGUUUUUGAAACAAAUUUGGAUUCCAAUAUCCCUCUUCAGUCAGUGAUUCACAAACCUGAAGUGGUUGUUAAAGAACUAUGGCUUCAAAAAGAAAAGCAAGCUAAGUUAAAAGGUAAAAGUGCUAAAUUUAGUGGUUCUGAAAUAAACUUAGAUUCUGAUUAUUCAAUGACUGAAACUCAAAUAGCUGUUAAAGAAAUAGAUGUUCAGAAAGAAAAACGUGUUGUUCUAGAGAACAGGAGUGAUAAAUAUAGUGGUUCUGAAAUAACUUUGGACUCUGAUGUCCCUCUUCAGUCAAUGAAUGAAAAACCUCAAAUAACCAUUUUAAAGGAGGACCAUGUUGACCCAGAAGAUGAAAGUACUGUACAUAGAGGUUUUGAAAAAAAUUUGGGUACUGAUACCCCUCUUCAUUCAGUCAUUGACCAACCUCGACUAGCCCUUUUGAAGGAAAAACAUGUGGAUCUGGAAGAUACAAACAAUGAAUCUAGUGAUGGUAAAAUAGCUUUUCAUUCUGAUGACCCUCUUCAGCCAUUGACUGAACAAUUUCAGGAAGUGGUUGAAAAAACAAACCUGUGGAAAGAAGAGGGUAUGGGCCAGAAGAAUAAGGUUGAUGAACCUAAUGCUUCUAAAUUAAUACAUAAUUCUGAUGUUCCUCUUCUGUCUGUGUCUGAUCAACCUGAAGUAGCUGUUAAACGAAGAAACCUCAAGAACGAAGGUCAUGUGUACUUGGAAGAUAAGAACAGCCAAUGUAGUGGUUCUGAAAUGAGUUUGAAUUCUGAUCUCUUGGUUCAGUCAGUAGUUGAUCAUGCUCAGAUAACUAUUUUGGAGCAGGAGCAUACUGAGCUAGAGGAUAAGCACAAUCAAUCUUGUGGCUCUGAAAUAAGUUUUGAUUCUGUUGACCCCCUUCAGCCAGUGGCCAACCAGCUUAGAGAAACUGUUAAAGAAGUAAGCCUUUGGAAGGAUGAAGUUGACAUGGAGGAUAAGAGAGAUGAAUCUAAGUGUUUUGAAAUUGUGUAUGAUUCUGAUGUCCUUUUUCAGUCAGCGGCUGGCCAAACUAAAGUUGUUAAGGAGAUCAACCUUUGGGAGGAGGAUGUUGACUUGGAAGAUAAGGUGGUCAAACCUAGUGAUUCAAAAAUAGAUUUUGUUUCUGAUGAACCUCUUCAGUCUGUGGCUAAUGAAAUUCAAGAGGCUAUUCCAGAAAUAAAUCUUCUGAGGGAGGGACAUGUUUGUCUGUGUACUAAGAGCUAUGAACCCAAUGAUUCUGAAGUCAUUUAUGUUUCAAAUGCCCAUCUCCAAUCAGUGGUUGAGCAACCACACAUAUUGGAAGAGCAACAAGCCAGUUUGGAAGAUAAGAGCAAUGAUCCUUGUGGUCCUGAAAUAAGUUUUGUUUCUGAUGAUCCCCUUCAGUUAGUGACUAGACCGCUUCAAAAAGCUGUUGAAGAAAUAGGUCUUUGGGAGGAAGGCCAUAUUUACCUGGAAAAUAAGAGAUAUAAACUAGGUGAUUUUGAAGUAAGUUAUGAUUCUGAUGUUGACUUCAUAGCUGGGCAUUCUCCUGUGUCUGUCAAAGAAAUAAACUUGCAAGAGAAGGAUCAUGACCUUCAUAAGAACUGUGAAUUUAGUGUUUCUGAAAUAAAAUGUGAUUCUGGUGUUCAUCUUCAGUUAGAAGUUGACCAACCUCAAGUGGUUUGCAAAGAAGUAAACCUUCAGAUGGAAAAGCAUCUUGGCAUGGAAGAAAGAGUCAGUGAACCUAGUGAUUCUGAAAUAGUGUGUGAUUCUGAUGUUCCUCUUCAAAUAGUGAUAAACGAACAAGUGUCAGACAAAGAAACAGAUCUUCAGAAGAUGCUAUUUGUGGACCUGAUGACCAGUGAUAACGAUUGUGAAAUGAUUUCAGAUUCUGAUGUCCAUUUUCAGCCGGUGAUUGACUCACCUCAGAUGACUGUCAAUGAAAUCAGCUGUAUAAAUGAAGAAAGUUUUGUUCCAGAAGAUGAGAACUGUGACUCUUGUGAUUCUGAACUAGAAUAUCCUCAAUCAGUGACAAACCAUUCCAAAAAGGCCUUUAAAGUAGUAAACCAGAAGCAAGACUAUAUUAUUCUGGAAGAGACAAGCUGUGAGCCUUAUAUUUCUGAACUAAAUUUUCAAAUUGAUGCCUCUCAUCAGUCCAUGACUUCCCAGUCACAAGAGCCUGGGAAAAAAAAGGCCAAAUAUAUUGACCCCAAAGAUAAGAGCUGUCAACCUAAUCGUCCUAAAAGAAAUUUUGAACGGGAGGAGACUUCUCAGCCAGUGACUCAGCAACGCCAGAAGGCUAACAAAGGAGUCAACCUUUGGAAAGAUGUCGAAAAUAUUGGCCUAAAAGAUAAGAACUGUGAAUCGAGUGUUUCUGCAGUGGAUUGUAAUGAGUCUCCUGAGUUGGUGAUUCAUCAAAUGCCUGAUAAAGAAAACCUUUUGAAGUUAAAACAUACCAAUCUAAAAAGUAUGAGCUGUGAACCUUGUGGUUCUGGGAAGAAUUUUCAAUGUGAUCCCUCUCUUCAGUCUGACAAUGACCAGCCUCAAGAAGCUGUUAAUAAAAUAGACCUAUUUGAGAAGACGUCUUUUGACCUGAAAGAAACAAACCAUAAUUCCCAUUCAGGCUCUGUUCCCAUGGUUGAUUCUAUACGGAACCUGGAAAAAGCAAAGGAAGUCACGGAAGAUGAUCCUGAUGAACCAGUUCUUGAAGGCUUGCCUCAUGUCCCUCCUUCAUUUGUGGGGAAAACAUGGUCUCAGAUAAUGAGAGAAGGUGACGUGAAAAUUAAUGCUGUCGUGAAGGAAUUUAAGAAAGGUCGUUUCCACUGUUACUUUGAUGAUGACUGUGAGACCAGGAAAAUUAAAAAAAAAAAAUCGAAUGAAGGAAAAAAGGUUACCUGGAGUGACCUCAAUCAGGACACUACAUCAAUUCAAGUUCUUUCGGGUUGUGAUGAUAAUGCAGGUGGUAUUUCAGAUAUUGAUGACUUUUCGGUGGCCUUAGAUAAACCUAGCCAUUAUCCUUCAGCAAAGAAGCAUUUUGAACAAACAUGCCGAGUGGCUUCUCCAUGCCAGGCUAUAAAAGUCAGCCAUGGAACUCAAACCAAUCUUGGAAGUCACCCAGGGACAAAAAGAAGAAUAACUGGACAAGAGAAAGACUCUCCAGUAAGGAAGCGUUUACUUUUACAGAAUGACAGAAAAACAAGAAAGAAAGUAAAAAUUGGAAAAGUUGAAUUUCCUGAGUCCUGUAUUACAGUUUUGAAGCCUUUGCAACCAAAUGCCUUAAUUUAUGUUCUUUCUUCAAAUAUUAAGCUGAAGAAAGGUGAAUCCAACGACUUCUCUAAAAGGAGGCACGGUAGUAGAAAUAAUUGGGAUCUUAGCAUACAGUACAAAUUUAACCAGAGUUCCUUUAAUUGUUAUGACCCAUUGAAUAAACAGAUUGUAAUUGAUCCUUCUUUGAACAUAGAAGUACCGGGGCCUGACAGGAAUAACUGUAUGGAAAUUCAUUUUAGCCACCUAAAUUCUAAUGCAGGAGAUGAUGAUACUUAUGUACAAAGCUCUGCUUCGGCACCUUUUAUGACAGUGUCAGUAGGACAUGAAUUAAUGGCACAUCAGGAGGCCAGUGAAUCUGUGUUUCUGGAAAAAUCCAAGAUUUUGAAUUCUAGUGAGGUUUCAAAAGAAAGUAAUUUCCAGUCUACUCUUUUAAAUCAUGAUGUUGCCAAAAUUUCUCUGAAAUCAAUUAGAAAUAAGUUUUUGGAAAGUAAAAGGAAAAUUCAGAGAAGGAAGUUGACAACUAAUAAUAAGCCAGGUUUUCCCAAAGAAGACUGUAGACCAGUUAUUCCCCAGCAAAAAUCCAGAAUUGCUUCAGAAAAACGGUCGAUUUGGAUUCAGACCAAACUAAGUGAUAUAAUUAAAAAGUAUAUUCCAAAAUACUCUGUGUUUUUGCGUCACAAAUAUCGGUCCAGGAGCACUUUUGUUAGGAUGCAUCUUAAGAAGAAAAACUCUGAUGUCAGUAGGUUAAAGAAGGCAAAGAGACCAGCUAAAAUUCUUUCAAAUGCCUCGAUUCCAUCAGCUGGAGCUGAAGAGCAGUCAAGAGCUAUAGCAAGCUCUUCUCCCAAGCAACCUGUGCGGGGCUCUUCUGUCGUUGCAGGAAGUAAGAAGAAUGGUAAUAAAAAACGCCCUAGAAGACAACAAAGAAAACCUUCUAGACCUGUUAGAACAUAUGCUUUGAGAAGUAUGUAUUCUGGUGUACCAUAUUCUGAUAGAAUGAGGACACGGCUCUCUAACAAAUUGUGAGGUAAUGAGGUAAACUAGAGGUGUUUCUAUUAAGGGCUAGUUGAAGAUUCAGUACUUCAAUUGAAAAUAUAUUUGGUACCUAGUGUACAUAGCUUUCCUAACUUUGGUGAAAAAAAUGCACCUUCAACUAUUUUGCUAUAGACUUAUUUUUCAGAACUUUUAUAUUAAUUUAAAGUUAGUGUUUAGGGUCCUUUUUUUUCAAAUUAAAAAACUUCCUUUGUCCAUUUGCUGUGGAAGAGCUUCAUCUUAAUUUAUUUCACAUAAUUUAGCACAGUAUAUACAACUUUCUCCCUCAAAUCGUGUCCCUCUUAUUUAUUUUUUAUGAUUGUGUCUCUCAUGUCAGCAGGUUAUAUUAUUGCAAAAAUGGAUGUGGCAAACAUAAAAUGCUUUUACUUUUUAAAAAUUGGAACAAAUGAAUAUGUAGUUAUUUUCUGUGUGUUUUAGAGUGGCAUUGUCAAUAUCAUAUUCUAACUAGAUAAUUAAAAAGAAGAAACUCUAAUAGAUUAUCUCAGCUUUUGAGUGGGAUUAACCUAAAUAAUCACGCACAAAAUAUAAUUUAUCUUUCUUUUAAAAGCAUUCCAGAGAAUGAGAUUUCAUAAACUUUAAUCCAGUUUAAAAAACUGCCCGGUGAUUUUACAAACAUAACACAAACUCUUCCUCCUUCAUUUAAACUGAAUCUGCAGGUAUCUAACUUUCCUCAUUUGGACACAUGCGUACAUGCAAUCUCUGCAGGUUUUUCUUUAGCAUUAUUAGACCUUAAGGGGAAAAUGAUCUUGCCAGUGUGAUUAUGCUUUUCUACCACCUUUUCUCCCCUCCACCUGAAGGGUUGGUGGUUUAAUGUGAGAAUCCAGUUAUCUUAUGGCCUUAUCUCUUAAAAAUAUUUUAGAUGUUUCCAUAUCCUUUUUAAUAGCUUGAACUGAAAUGACUGGUUUGGUAAUUUGGGCAGAUCAUUAAUUGUUGUUAUUAACAAGUUAUAAUCUUAAUAAUUCAAAAGAUCUAAUAAAAACUGAUAACUUAAGUGGUGGCCCAUUUUGCAAGUGAAAAACUGUAUUUGUGCAUUGGUUUGGCUUUCCUUCAAUUUGCUAACUGAUUUUGGUAGUUCACAUAAAAAUGUCAAGAUAUGCAGUUUAGGUCUGAGGUACUCAGAAAGUCUUUAGAUCCUUUAUUCAGGGAUACUGGUUGAGCUGGUACAGAUAAUUAUCCUGUUAAGUCAAGGAUCCUGGAUCCUUUUCUAUCACUGUUGUUAAAGAGAAACAUGAAUUUCAGCUACUACAUUGUAUAAACCAUAUUUUAUUGAAACUAGAUCAGUGUACCAUGAUUUCAGAGAUAAAAAUUUGUUAUCUUAGAAUUAAGUAUAGUGUAACAGUUGGUUUCUAAAUGUAGUUUUAUUUCAGGGGCCAUUAUUGAACCUGUGGGUAUGUUAUGGUGUCACGUUGUAAUUUCUGUACUUGUAAAUUUAAAACAGUAAUGAUAUUGAAAAAAAUGGACAAAUGUUUAUAUUUUUAGUUCCAAAGCAACUUCAACUUUGCCUCAUCUACAAAUAUUUUAAUUUCCUUUCUUAAAAUAUCUGUAAACCACUAGUUUAAUCCUCCAAUCUGAAUUUAGAAAGAAAACUGUCCUACUGAUUAGGAAGUAAACAAGCAGCUAAUUCAUAAAAAUAUUCUAUUUGUGGGUAUUGUUUUUUUUUUCCUUGUGAAGUAGACACAUAAUUCCCUUGAGUAUUGUUGGUAGGCAUUCUGCCAUCUUUUAGUGUCAGUUUAAAAGCAAGAGAUCAUACGGAAAAAAUGUACCAUGUAAUUAUGAUGUAUCAUAUCUAUUGUGAUUACAUCGUGCACAGAGAAUAGUUCUUAUAAUUCAAGUGAUAAAAACUUGAAGUUGAAAAAAAAUACCACCUUUUUCACAUUGGAAACUUCUAAGUACCAUUUUUUUUUUAGAGGAAAAGGUUUAUAUCUGAAUUAUAUUAAAGUAUAAAAUAGUCCUGAUGAUUUUUUUAAAACAUUUUGGAAAUGUUUACUAAGUUCCUAUAAUCAUUAUUAUUUUAGACAGGCUUGAAAACUUGAAAUUGUAAAAGUUAUAAUUGAAAUUAAAUAAAUAGUGAAUAACUUUCAGAAUUUGGUAGGAUACAAGAGUGCCCCUUUGUCAAAAUUUGUUUUGGCUUAAUUUGCGAAUUAGGUAAAAAUUAGAUGUUUUUUGUGUAUUCAGGUAUGCAUUAAAUUCUUUUAAUAGUAAAAAAUCGAAUUAUAACUAUAGUGAAUAUUUUAUUAAUCUUGUCCUUGUUCAGUAUCUUGCAUAGAUGUUUACUAUAAUUGUUCCAAAUUGUGCAGUAUGUAGACAACGUUGUGUGAAGUGUGUUUUGGAUUUGUGCAUUUAACUUUUUUGUGUAACUAGGGCUCUGAGUGACAGGUUUUUUUGCUAAAGAGAAACUAUAUUUAAAUAUUCAAAUAAUUAUAUAUUUCCAUGUAAAACUAAUGUGAAGAGUAAUGUAUUUUUUAUAAUGCAAUUUAAAGAGUAAGUUUGUUUUCAAAGUUAUCAAGAUAAAAUUGAUCAAAUAAUUGAAAUUUGCCUCUAGUUUCUCUUCAUGUUAGGAACUUUAUCUGGGAAUACUUAAGGAAUCAUAGAUUAAUGAAAACAGAAGUUCAUUUUAUAAAUGGUCCUAGAGAUAAUAAAUAGGGGAAUAUAAAUGUUGAUGCUGGUGAGAAAAUAGUUUAACCAAAGAUAUGCAGGUUAUGUUCAAUGAAGUAGUUAUUUCAAAGGAUUAAAAUUAAACAACUGUUUCUUUGGUGGAGUGGUGGGUUAGCAACUUUUUACUUUGUAUACCUGUAUUGGAAGAGUCAGUGAACAGGACUGAGUUCAGGAGGCAGUAUCUAUAUCAUUAUUUGACACCUACUGGAAGAGAGAACUUUGGUGCCUCCAAUACCAUAGCGUAUGUUUUAAAGAACGAGAAAACAUGGAAGAGUGUAUCUGUGUCAGUGAGGUCAGUGCCUUUGGCCUCAGCAGUAUUGACUUCUAGAGUUUUUGGUCCAGGAUUAUAUUGUUAAGAUGAACAACAGACUUCUCUUUAUAUAAAAAAGUUAAUAGAGUAAAAAUGUAAGAUGGAAGCUCAUUUUCAAUAAAGGACUUUUAUGUAUAGAAAAAAAUGUGGAAAUAUGUGAAAAAUCAUGUAAUUAGGAAAUUACACAUCAAAAUGUCAACGUAAGAAGAUUACAGGCUGAGGAAGAGUCUCAACAUUUCCUUAUACUUCAUUGAGACCGUAAAUAGUAGGGAAGUAACAGUAUAUUUAAUGUUUCCUUUGUUCUUCUUAUACUUGAUUGUACAAUACAUAUUUAAAAAUUUCUCCCAAAGUAUUUUAAAUUAUUUACCUUGGCUAAGGAGUUGUCUAGGAUGAACUAUAGUUUGUUGCUGAAUCUUUGAAGUAUGAACUUUUACUUUUCUCUAUGUUUAUAAUUUAUUACAUGCAUGUUGCUUUUUUCAUGCAUUUUAUUUUCUGGAUUUUUAAACUGGACAUGUAUGUGUACAUGUUGAGCCUUCACUAAGUACCAGGCAUUGUUCUAGACUUUUAACCUGUAUUAUCUCAUUUGAUUUUCAAAGAGCCCUUUUGAGUUAGGUACUAUAGUUGUGACUAAAUAGCGGAUGAGAAAAUUAAGGCAUAGAGCCUCAAUUUUGGGAUUACAAAUGAAUGUUGACUGUAAUCAAAUGGGGAUUACAGAUAAUCCCCAUUCCCAUCCCCAGUCCCAGGCUGCCCCUAAUCUACUGUCUGUCUUUAUAGUUUAGCUUUUUCUGGACAUUUCAUAUAAAUGGCAUCAUACAAUAUGUUGUCUUUUGUGUCUGACUUUUUUCAUUUCCCAAAAUGUUUUAGAGGGUCAUUCAUGUAGCAUGUAUCAGUAUUUUCUUCUUUUUUAAAUUGCUGAAUAAUACUUAUAAUUAGUUUUUAAUGAAGCUGGUGACAGAACACUGGUCUUCUGAUGACAAAUAUGAUAAAAACUGUUAGGUUUGAGGCUAGAUGUUCCUUUAUGCCUCUCACACCUGUUAUCCUCGAUCACUACCCCAAAUCCACGACCACCUGCAUAUCUGCCUUUGUGAGUGCUCUUAUUGCAUACUUGAAUGCUUUAUGCUUCCUCUGUCUUUGACUCUUAUUUCCUUUACUGACCAUCUUGGCAUUCUUUUCAUUGUGCUUUGUGAAUUUUCAUUUUCAGUGUCAACACAUUACUCUGUGUUCCCAAUCCUUUCAUUAUGAAUUGCUUGCAAGUGACCAAACUGAGAUUCAUAUUCAAGUUGCCCUUUAUUCUAACCUACAUGAGCAGUAAAGCCAGGAAUUGUUGAUGAUGUACAGGUCAUAGUGAAAGUUCUGGUUUAAAAUUACUGUACUACAUAACCACAGUGUACAUCAUCAAAAUCAGGAAAUCAAUAUUGAUACAAUACAACCCUCUACUCCACAGGCCUUGUUUGGAUUUUACAGAUUGUUCCAAAAUAUUCUCUAUAGGUCCAGGAUUAAAUUCAGGGUCACAUACUGUCGUGAUUCUAGUUUCCUUCAGUAUGGAGCCGUUCCUCAGCCUUUAUUUUUUAUAACUUGACAUUUUGAAGUGUACAAACAAGUUUCUUUGUGGAAUGUCCCUCAUUUUGAGUUUGUGUGAUGUUUCUUCAUAAUGCUUUUCUUUGUGGGGGCAGGGCAGAAAUUCUGUGGACUUCUCAGUGUAUCAUAACAGAAGCCAUGUGAUGUCAAUUUGAAUAAAUGUGGUGAUUGAAGAUA